AUGAGGAAGGGACUGCCAGGACCUCCUGGGAAGCCAGGCCUGCCAGGCAAGAGGGGUCCUAGGGGAGAUCCCGGUCCCCAUGGAAACCCCGGCCCACCUGGACCACUGGGACUGAAGGGUAAAAAGGGAGACCCGGCCAUAUCACCUGGACCAGCACCUAAAGGAGAAAAACUCAGUCUGAUGACCUGGCUAUCUUCAGAGAUCCCUGGCGUGAGGGGUUUUAUUGGAAUCCCGGGACUUUUUGGUCUGCCUGGGCCUGAUGGUGAAAGAGGGAUUCCUGGCGAACCAGGGAAGAGGGGCAAGAUGGGUAGGCCGGGUUUUCCAGGAGACUUUGGGGAAAGAGGACCACCUGGACCAGACGGAGAGCCAGGCCAAAUGGGCGCCCAGGGUCCAGUCGGGGUGCCAGGACUCAUUGGGGACAUGGGCUCUGUGGGGCUGAUGGGCAUAUCAGGACCUAAUGGACUGAAGGGUAUCCAGGGAGCACCAGGGCUACCGGGCAUUCGAGGAAAACCAGGACCACAGGGCAAGAUUGGAGAGAGAGGUCCUGAUGGUUUACCUGGACCACCAGGCCCAGAGGGUUUCCCUGGCGACAUGGGGCCACCGGGAGACAAUGGCAUCGAAGGUCCAAAAGGAAAACUAGGAGUGCGAGGUUUACCAGGUCCUAGAGGGGUCCCAGGCUUGGAUGGGGACGAAGGCCCACUCGGACCACCUGGCCCAUCAGGGCUUGAGGGCAGACUCGGUCGAAAAGGUUUUCCUGGAAAAGUCGGUGAAGAAGGAGUUAAGGGAGAACUUGGCAUCACAGGGAAAGUGGGACCAAUGGGAGAAAGAGGCUUAGUGGGUUUUAUUGGACCUGUCGGGGAACCGGGACUAGCAGGAGAGAAGGGAGAUCGAGGAAAGAUGGGACAUCCAGGACCUCCCGGGGAAAAAGGAACAACAGCGGAGUCAAGUUACAAACCCAGCGGACGAGCCGAGGAACUGCACCUGCUCAGGCCGGGCUUCACCUCCAGGAGCACGGGGAGACACAGAGGCAGACCCGUGGAGGUGAUGGACAGCUGUCCAAGCCCUCCACAAACUGACCAAUCACAGAGGUCUGCAAACUGA